GCUUGGGGGAGUGGAGGAUCAAACCUUGCUCUACUGUGGUAGGGGAUCGAUUCGGUCGACCCAAUCUCUCUGGUUCCCUUCCCUACUCCACCCACAGGGAGCAUCCAGACCUAAUCGAUCCUAGGGUUUCCUUCCUUUCCCCACGAGAGAAAAAAGCAGAUCGGCGGCGGGGGCGAUCGAAAUUACACCCUACCGGUAGGGAUCGAUCCAGCGACUGGUAGGGAUGUUUUCAGUGAAGGAUGCCCCACGGGAUGUCGUGGUUACGACUUGGAAGCAAGCCAAGGACGAUUUGGGGACGCAAGCCAAUGAGGAUUUGGGGAAGCAAGCCAAGGAGGAUUUGAGGACGCAAGCCGAGCGGUUGGCAUCUGAGAUAGAGCGGCUGAAGAAGAAGGAUGUGGAGCUGAUGAUACUCAAGGACUCAAGGAUGCCACCUAAACUACUGCAGAGAAAAUUGAAAGUGCGCGAAGCAGAGAUACGCAAGACAGCGGCACGAAAUCUGCUUGUUCAUAAACCUUUGGCCGCCCCCGGCCAUGGGAGGUUUCGCAUGCGCAACAAGAAGAGUAGGAGUGAGUGCCUGGAGUUGGCAAAGAAGAACAACUCAAGUAGCAACACCACCAAGGAUGAAGAAGCUGUGGCAGUGGGCAGCAGCAAGUCAGCCAUGAAAGAUGAUGAGGAGGUGAUGAUGAUGCCCAACAAAUUUGGCAUAUUGGAUCGGGACGGUGAUGAUGAGAUAGACAGGGGCAAAUCAGCCAAGGAUGAAGAAGCUGUGGCGGUGGGCAGCAGCAAAUCAGCCAUGAAAGAUGAUGAGGAGGUGAUGAUGAUGCCCAACAAAUUUGGCAUAUUGGAUCGGGACGGUGAUGAUGAGAUAGACAGGGGCAAAUCAGCCAUAGAAGAGGAACACAUGCCCAGCGACUGGAAGAAUACAAGUGAAGAAUCUGUGGUGGUGGGCGGCAGCGGCAAAUCGGCCAUGGAUCAAGCGGUGAUCAGUCUGGAGAGGGAAGAACCUGUGACAGAUGCUCUCAAGGAAGCCGAGGAGAGUGUCCUACUGGUAGGGAUGGAUUCAACGGGUCUCGAGCCUUCCAUUCGGAAGCAAUCCCAGGAGGGGGCCCUACUGCUAGGGCCGCAGUCUUUGCUGCAGAAGGAAGCUGACAGUGACGGAGGCAGGAGAACCAUGCGCCCAAUGCCAGAUUUGUCGACUGUUAUUACAGCACAGCUACAGGACAACUUAUGGCAGCCCGAAGCUGAAACAGAGCAGAAAAAGGCACACAAGGAAACCGAGGAUAAGAAACCCAAAUCUAAGCAGAAGCAGAAGAAGAAGAAGAAGAAGAAUAACCCGAAAAUGAGGACGGAAUAUGUGGAGGAUUCUAUUGGUAGCUACCAGUUUGGUGAGAGGAAUUACGAAGGGGUAACACAUCAAGAGGCUACGAGACUAGAAAAAAAACACCUAGAGCAGUUGGCAAAAAAGAACAAGAAGAAGGUGAAGGAUGAAGAUGCUGGGAAAGCUGUUGCUUCUGUGAAAGAUGCUGGGAAAGCUGAAUUAUCUGUGACAGAAGCUGGGAGACUGGAAGAAUCUGUGACAGAAGCUGAAGAAGCUCUAAAGAAGGAAGCCAAGGAGGGUGCCCUACUGGUAGGGAUGGAUUCAACUGGUGGUGUGUCUUCGAUGCAGAAGCAAGCCCAGGAGGGUGCCCUACUGCUAGGGCCGGAUUCAAUGGCUGAUGAGUCUUUGCUGCAGAAGGAAGCCGAGGCAGAGUCGGGAAAGAGAUUUAGGAUUAUUGUUGAUGGGAAGUUAUACCCAGCGAUAACACACCAAGAGGCGGAAAAACUGAUGGACGAAAUCCAUGAGCGCAGAGAGGCGUUGAAGAGAGAUUUGCAAGCAAAACAAGAUGCGAAGGGAAAGGAGACAAAGGCUGAAGUAUCUGUGACAGAAGCUGGGAGACCGGAAGAAUCUGCAACAGAAGCUGAAGAAGCUCUAAAGAAGCAAGCCGAGGAGGGUGCCCUACUCAAUUCAACUGGUAGCGAGCCUUUGAUGUGCAAGGAAGCCGAGGAGGAGCCAGGAAAGAGACCUGAGAGGCAGCUGUAUGCGGAGAUACAGAGAGCAUUGCUCGACAUCCAAGAGAAGUUGGCAAAGAAGAACUGGAAGACGGAUAAGCGGACCUUGCAGCUACUCAAAGAUAUGUUCAACAAAUUGGACAUGUUGGAUCAUGGCAGCGAUGACAAGGAAAUGGAUGAGAUAGAUGACAGGGGCGAACUAGACAUAGAUCAGACAUGUUUGGAUACCAAUCUCGAUCCAUUGGCCAAGGAGAUGGCUGAUGAGGCGGAGAGCUUCGCUUCAUACUCUAGACUCUGGGAAUAUAAAUGGGGGAAAACCCGUGGUUUCUUCACAGACCCAACGGUUUUGAGUUCAAUGCAGUUUACACACUACACGCCUGGACGCCUGCCAUACAGCAUGGAGUGUUCCACACUGGAAACCUUGCAGAUCAUCUCCAUCAAACUCACUGAACUUGCUGAUGGCCUUGAGUUGCCAUUGUCUGUGUAUGGUGUGGUUGCGGUCCGAGACAUGUUGGAUCGCAACCGAAACAUUCUCUUCUCUCGAGAUUGGAGAAAUCCCCAAGAACUGAAACAGAAUGAUCCGUUUCUUCCCUUGACUGGUCCAUCACGUGCAAUCGUGUUUAUGGACAAGGUUUGCAUUGAAAUCAAUCUAAGGGUAAAAAGCGGGGCAUACUCCCAAGAUAAAGCGUUGAUCAGUUGUGUGCGACGUUACACGGGAGUAAAUGGUCCAGGCGUGUCUACCAUCUGCUUCAAGAAUAGCUUGUGCACCGUAGAGGUGUGCUUGCAGCCAGUUAAACAAACGGUCCAGGCCACUAUCUUGGGUGUCCAGGUUGCCAGUGAAGAUGGAUCCUGGCCUUUAAAAUAUGGCGGCCUAGUUGCUUGCUCUCCACAAUCAGGGAAACGUGUGUUCACUGAUAGUGGAUACACGCGUAGGAUUAAUCCCUCAUCCACCCAGAUUGUGCUGAUUGAUUCACGAGAUGAAGCAAUGCCGAAAGGUGAAAAUGGUCAUGUACUUCUGCGGAGGCAAGUUGUUUCUGUACAUCUUGAUGGAAGGUUGGACUUUUUCAUAAAAGCCUACUCCCAAUCUGGUGAUAUCGCUGCAGAAACUUGUGUUCAUUUCUAUCCCAAAGUUUGCAACAUAAGCCAGAAGAAAUGUUACCUUGGUGAUGCUGGGGUAACUGUAACUGUUGCUUGGUCCGUUGUUGCGGCGAACAAGACGGAACUUUGUCUCGAGCUAAAGGGCGGAAGCAUUUUUUGA